AUGCAAUCUAUAGCUGAUAGUUUUAGCACGUCGAAUAGACUACUUCACGAAUUAAACUACGAUGAUGAAGAAACUUUAGAAAAUGAUUUCAUUACAGGUUCAACCAAAUUUCAUCAAUUGGCUCCUAAAAUCUCCGUUCCACCAAUUUCAAGUCCACAACAAUUUUUAAGAGCACAUACUGAUGAUUCUAGAAACCCUGAUUGUAAAAUCAAAAUUGCUCAUGGUACCACUACUUUAGCAUUCAGAUUUCAAGGCGGCAUCAUCGUGGCGGUAGAUUCUCGUGCCACAGCGGGUAAUUGGGUCGCAUCACAAACAGUUAAAAAAGUUAUAGAAAUCAAUCCAUUCCUAUUAGGUACAAUGGCAGGUGGUGCCGCAGAUUGUCAGUAUUGGGAAACUUGGUUAGGUUCUCAAUGUAGGUUACAUGAAUUAAAAGAAAAAGAUCGUAUCUCUGUAGCAGCUGCAUCCAAAAUUUUAAGCAAUCUAGUGUAUCAAUAUAAAGGUGCUGGUCUUUCCAUGGGUACAAUGAUUUGUGGUUAUACUAAGAAGGAAGGUCCAACUGUCUAUUACGUCGAUUCUGAUGGUACAAGAUUAAAGGGUGACCUUUUCUGUGUAGGUUCAGGUCAAACUUUCGCUUAUGGUGUAUUGGAUUCAAAUUAUAAAUGGGAUCUAACCGUAGAGGAAGCUCUAUAUCUUGGGAAAAGAUCUAUCUUAGCUGCAGCUCAUAGAGAUGCUUAUUCAGGUGGUUCUAUCAACCUUUAUCACGUCACUGAAAAUGGUUGGGUCUAUCAUGGUAAUCACGACGUGGGUUCGACUUUCUGGGAUAUUAAAGAAAGUGAAGGAUCUUUCAAUAACGUAGUAGGUUAA